CACCUAUGAUUUAGAAUCAUACAUAAAUAAGUCUUUCAAGGCGUAAACCUUUCUACAGAUUUACUCUGGGCCUUAUAGUGCUUCGCUCGCGACUUUGCCGAGAGAGUACGAUUAUCAAUCACAUCCCGUCAAAUACCACAGUGCUGUGACGACUUGUUCUACAUCGCUCAGACCGGGACAACUGCAAAAAGUAUUGGUCAAAUCCGGAACUCUUGGUCAACAUGUCCAAUCGCUUCGUCUCUGGAGGCACGAUAUCCUCCUCCGGCGACGACCGCCCAGAUCAAAGGUCCGCCGAAGAGACUGGUACCUCUGCGGGCACGAAUGCACAGUGGGAAGCCGUACAAAAGCAACUAGAUGCGGAGAGACAGCAACGGGAAGAAUCCAGGAGGAAAGCCAUCGAGGGCGGCGAGAGGUCAUUGUACGAUGUGUUGCAAGAGAACAAAGCCGCGAAGGAAGCUGCCUUUGCAGAACAAGCGAAGCUGUCAAAUCAGUUUCAGAUGUUAAACGAGGAUGAUGUGGACUUUCUAGACGAGGUCCGCGAGAAGAAAAGACAAGAGGAAGAGAGACUAAGGAAAGAGACGGAGGAAGGCUUGAAGCGGUUUCGGGAGCAGCAGAAGGGUGGUGGUGAUGAUGGUGACGCGGCUAAGCAGGCAGAGGAGAACGAGGCUUGGGCUGUUGGCGUGCGAAAGAGGAAGCGCAAGGAGAAAGAGGGCGGCCUUGGCGUAAAGAAGAAACUCGCGAGCGAUGUGAAAAAAAACGACAGGGAGAAGAAGAAGGAGGAGGAGAGCGAGGACGGUGCGAGGGCGAGUGAAGAUAAGACAUCGGCACCCGAGGCGGAGGCAAUUGCACAGAACAAGAAGCCGUCAUUAUCAGGGUUAGUGAGCUACGACUCGGACGACAGCGACUGAUGGACCGCGCUCUCACAUACAACAAAAAUAAUGAU